AGCCGCGCCGGGUGCGCUUCCUGCUCCUCCCCGGGCGGCCGGGGGCGCGGCUGGCAGCGGCUGCCCGCAGCCCCGGCCGGGUCUGCGGAGGUUCUGCCGCUUUACUUGAGCUGUUGGUAGCGGAGAGUCCUUCCUGGCUCGGGACGGCUCACAGCGCAUCUCCCGGAGCUUUUCCCGUGGGUUGGUGUGCACGGAUAAUGCUGCGAGGUGAAAACGUGCCCUUGGCUAAAGGUGUGAUACACCCGUGUGUGGACAUGGGUCCCUCCGUAUAGCCCUACCUUGCUGCUCCGUGCGACAUUGAAUAGCCGGCAGCUAGGCCUUUGACCACCGGCAGCUUCUAAGUCAUACAACAGUGUUUUCCAAACUGAGGAUCUGCAGGAGUGAGGAGAACAGUCGGUUUUGAAUGCCAAGAGAGAUUGAAUGAUGAUCUGGAAAGGCAUGGGUCUUUGUGAAUUGUUUGUGCCUUCUGUCUCUCAGCUGUGGAGAAAUAGUUCAGGCUGGAGCACUAAGCAAAAGAGUUGGGGAAAAGCUGUUACAAAAUAAAUUACUCUGAGUCCUGAAAAAUCUACUUUGUCAUCAGUAUUAAUGCCCUUGUGCAAGGUUCUUAUGGGUGGUAUUGGAAUGCUUAAAACCUCCCAGAAAUGCUUUCAUAUGAGCGUCAGAGUUGAGACUUGUUUGCUGAAAUUUGCAGCUUCUUAUAGUUGAUUGUAAUAAUCUGUUCAAUCUUCUUUAUAAUGCAGGUGACAAAAAAAUUCAUCCAUUCAUUCUUUCGGUGAGCCCACAGCCCUUUGGUGCAUACCUGCAGAAGGACAGUUAUAAAAUGGCAACUCUUGCUGUUGCAGGCACCAGUCCUUGCCUGUUCGCUGUGUUUGUGUAUGGCACUCUGUGAAAGAAUCAAGGUCAUACUGCAGAAGUCUCCAUGGGAGCCUGUCCAUGGGAUUUGGGCAGAGAUAUGUACCUAUCUAGACACUGAUCAAAAGUUGCUGUUUAUUUUGGCUUUGUACUGACUGGCAAGUACAUUACCCUGACAAAAUCAAAGUUGACAGUUUGCUGAAGAGAAGUAAAAAAGUAAAUCAUCUUGGGAGACUUUGAUAAGAUCUGGCGUGAGCACUGUGAGGAUGAGGAAACUCUGUGUGAAUAUGCUGUGGCAAUGAAAAACCUUGCAGAUAAUCACUGGGCAAAAACUUGUGAAGGGGAAGGCCGAAUUGAAUGGUGUUGCAGUGUAUGCCGAGAAUAUUUUCAGAACGGUGGGAAAAGAAAAGCACUUGAGAAAGAUGAAAAAAGAGAACUUCUUGCUUCUAAGACCACUCCAGCUUUAAAUGUUCCCCAGGCUCCCAAGAUCGAAGAUCCUUUGCCAAACUCUGGCUUGACAAAUCAUGAAGCUGUACCAGAAGAAUUGCUCCACUCCUUGGGGAAGAUCAGAUUACUUGAUGUUGGUAGCUGCUUUAAUCCAUUUCUGAAGUUUGAAGAAUUUCUGACAGUUGGCAUAGAUAUUGUUCCAGCUGUUGAGAGUGUAUACAAAUGCGACUUCUUAAAUCUUCAAAUUCAGCAACCACUCCAACUGGCACAAGAUGCUAUAGAUGCCUUUCUUAAGCAACUGAAAAACCCUAUUGAUUCUCUACCCGGAGAACUGUUCCAUGUCGUUGUUUUCUCACUCCUCCUUUCUUACUUUCCAUCACCCUAUCAACGAUGGAUAUGCUGCAAGAAGGCACAUGAACUUCUCGUAUUAAAUGGCUUACUGCUUGUAAUAACUCCUGAUUCAUCUCAUCAGAAUCGCCGGGCUAUGAUGAUGAAAAGCUGGAAAAUUGCCAUAGAGUCCUUGGGUUUUAAACGCUUCAAGUAUUCGAAGUUUUCUCACAUGCACCUGAUGGCAUUUAGGAAAACCUCCCUGCAAACAACAAGUGACUUAGUUAGCAGGAACUACCCAGGAAUGUUGUAUAUCCCACAGGAUUUCAACAGUAUAGAGGAGGAGGAGUAUUCCAACACUUCCUGCUAUGUUCGAUCAGAUACAGAAGAUGAACAACUAGCUUACGGUUUUAUGGAGCUACCUGAUGCUCCUUAUGACUCAGACUCUGGAGAAAGCCAGUCUAGUUCGAUUCCUUUCUAUGAGCUAGAAGAUCCUAUAUUGCUUCUAAGUUAAUGUAGUUGUUGAAAGGCCCUUUCAGUCAAACUCUUGCUUAACUAAUUUUGCUAUACUAACAUGGGCUCAACACACAAAAAUGGUUUGCAUAAAGAAAAUGCAAAGGUUUACAGAGUUUGCUAUUUUUUUCUACUUUUGAAUUUUAAAAUUUAUUCUUGUAUGAAAGUGAAAAAAAUACAAGUUUUAUGCACAUGACUCAUGUCAUAGCAUAAAUUGCUGUUACUUUCUUUAGAUGUGUAUCACUAAUUCUUUUCCAGAAAGGUACCAUUCUUUUCUUUAGUGCUGUGAAGUGUGAAUUCUAUUUAAUUUGUUAAACGUCUUUUCAAUAUUUUAACCCAAUGUGGUUGAGCUUAAGGCACUGGAGUUGCUGGGCUUCUGAGAAGUAUAUGUAGGAAGAAAUAAUUAGCACUUUAACUAAAUGUGCAGAUAGGUUAAGACACUUGGUUACACGUGUCCCUUUGUAAUUAUGGAACAAAACUUUUUUCCAAAAUCUGUUUCACUCUGGGUAAGCCAGAGCUGGAGAAACUAUAAUGCUUGCACAUUUAAUUUUGUUUAUUGCAACCCUCUUGAGAUAAAGCCAAAUUGAGAUAACACCCAAAUACUGGAAUAUAUUCAUCCAUAGUUAUACAUACAGUGUAAUUUUGUUGCAUAAAUAGCAGUUAGACAUGAGAUUUCUGAAGAGGUUAUCCCCCUCAGAGGAGUAUGGUACGUCUAGACAAUUACGUUUCACUUGAAAGCUGGAACAUGGUUUGCAAUUUUAUGAGUGUACAAGCACUGACAUAUACCAGUAUUUUUCCCCAAUUCUCUUCAAACUGUGUUUUUUGUGAGGACAGGGUGGGUUUUGUCAUGUUUUAAAGUAAAUUAUUUAUGCAUUUUAAAAACAACUUUUUCUGUAGUUGUCCUUAUUUGUAGACCUCGCAAGUUAUACAGUAACUACAGACCAAUUUUGUAAAAAGGAACAUAAUUAUACAGGUUACACAUACAUAAUUAGACAAGGAUACACAUAUUUGCACAAAGUUGUGUAUUCAGACCACACAAGUGAAGUUAACGUAAUUUGUUUGCUUAUUUAGACUCCAAAAUCUUCUGUUUAGCUAAAUAAAACUUCCAUAGCUGUCUGAGAACUGGUCCUCGCUGUAAGGAGAUGGCACAGAAGUGGUUUACAUCUAUUAAGUUUUUUAACUUGGGUAAUAGAUCUGUGAGGUUUUGCAGGAAAAAACAACUCUGUUCAGUGGUAAAACCAGAGGAUUCAGUAUUAGUUUAGCUUAGCUUUCCCUCCAUCUAAAAAUAAUGGCCAGAAUUUUCAGAUUUGAAUGUUAGGCUGUUAAAUCUAUAUCUAAGUGCCUAAUAAUAAAUGAUUUGAACUAGGUGCCACAUCGGGGUUUUAGACUGACUUCUGCAAAAUGGUAGAGAAUAGUAAUACAGAGUUUCACAGGUGGUUGUGGUGAAAUGUACCUGACACCAUAUUAACCUACCAUGUUGUACUUAUCAUACAGAGGUUACCAGAUAAACUGAAGUUGUAGUGUGGAAUUUACAGUGGUUGCUACAAAAAUGAAACUUGCUCCUUCCAUUGAAGUUUUGCACUGAAAGUGUCACGGUUUGACCUACCUGUCUUUUUCUUUUAUACUGCUUCCUACAUAGAGUCAUCCCCCGUUGGUCCAGCUUACACUCAAAAUGUGAUCUGGACUGUAAUGCUUUAUUCUUUAACAUAAGCUUUUUGUGUUUCUCCUUAAAUUUAAAGCAUCCUUUAAUACCUGAUUCAAAUUUGAUGUUCAAUCUGAACGAUAUCCAUAAAUACAAACCAAACAAUUAUAUUCUGAUGUAUUAAAAAAAAAAAGGUUUGAAAUAGAAGUAUUAAGGCUGACCUUUUUUGAUGAUUUUUUACAGAGAAUACUUCUCUAAUGAAAUAGACAAUGGCUUCAAAAUUGGCUCUAAGUCAGUAUUUGCAUCCAAUGCUUUACCACUUCACUUGUCAUUCAAAGCCUUUCUUCUUCCCAGUUAACCACUGACUCCAGCAGUGCUCCUGUUAAAGCUAAAAUAUUGGUGCUAUAAAUUCAGCUAUUUAUGGAAACUUAAUCUGUGCAUACGUCAAAGUGUACCUAACAUUUUAACUGAAACUCCUUUUAAAAACAAGUUAUAUACCAGCUGACAUAUAUGUUGGCAUUGAUUAGAUUUUGUGAUUAAUACAAAAAAGUACUUCAGACCAAGAUCUAUCCCCUCCAAACAGUUUAAAUAUUAACAUUUAAAAAUUAAGCCUUUUUGACAGGUUGAUGACACCAUAGUAUUUGUGGUUUACGGACCUGAGGUUUGUAACAGCUUGGUUUUCUUGCUGCUCAAUCUAAAUACCUGAAGUGGGGGGUUUUGUUUAGUUUGGGAGUUUUUGGUUUUAUUUUUACCUUUUUUUACUUUUUUCUUUUCUUUUUUUUUUUUUUUUUUUUUUUUUUUUUUGGAGGUAGUGGGAUUUACGUAAAUACUUCUAUCUCCCUGAACAAUAAAGUGGUGAUAUCAGGAGUUGUUAGAUAUUUGGCUUUGGUGAAAGAAGAAUGUUUCUAGAUUAUGAAGUAUUUGAAAAUUAUGACUGUGCAAGAGAUGUCUUGUUCUUAAGGUGCUGGAGAGGAAAAGGAAAAUGUGUAUUUACAUUUCUGUUGUCUUUAUGUCACUACUUUUUGUGAACAAAGCACAUUUAUUAAAAAAUACAAAAACUGGA